AUGACCGAAGAAAACAAGACCCAGAAGCCGACUUCCAGAGUCAUCGACUCGCUUCAUUCCGAAAUUGACGAGCUCAAAAGCGAGCGUGAACAUUUGAAGCUCUCCCACGACGAGUUCAAGAAACGUAACGCGAUUUUGACCUCCAAAAAUGACUCGUUGCUCGACCAAUUGGCCAACUACAAACACGAGAACGACAUGAUUAAUGCGUUGUUGAAAAGAAAGGAGCGUCGUAUCACAGACUUGGAGGCUGAAUUCGACCUGUUGAGCUCCGAGUCGGAGUCCUUGAAGCUGUCUGUGAAGAACUACAAGAUCAGAUGUGACAAUUUGCAGGAAUCUCUGGCCUCGUCUGCCGCCGAGUUCGAGCGCUUGAAAAUUGCCUACGAUGCAAUUGUAGCUGCUCAGAGCGAAUACAAGCGCCAUUAUCAGGAAGAAAUCGCCCAAUUGACGACAGAUCUCUCCCAACAUAAGAAACUGUCUGCAGCCAUGUUGUCCGAGUACAUGACUAAGAUUGAAAGUAACGAUAGAGACGUCGAUGUCUUGUUGGACAGUCUUACUAGUAAACGCAAGUCUUUGGAUAGUAUCUAUGUCAACAGAAACAAGACGGUCUUAGAGUAUCUUGGCCAGUUAGCUCGUGCUGCUAAGCUUCAUGGUGAAGAGUCUCGCUCUCUUAUGCACGAUAAUAUUGAGACUAUUAAUUUAUUGAGGGAGAAAAUCCCGGACUUGCAAGAGAUCGUCAAUGAGCACAGUGAACAAACUGUUGACUUGGAUACCCUUCUCGGCGACUCCAACACUACAUUGGAAUCCGACUUUGGCGACUUGAGCAUGAGCUCGGUGACCUCAGACGAGAGUGCCUCAUCUUUACCUUCAAGACACAGAUCGACUAAGAAAAAUCGUCAAAAGAAGGGUCCAUCUAGGUUCUCCCCCGAGGCAGAACUGUAUCCAGAUGUUCUUCCCAAGUCCCGCAAUGGCCAAUCGCGGGGUCAAGGUUUACGAUCGUCCUCCAAUGAGAGCUCACAGGGAUUGAGACUCUCUUAUCCUCAGUCUCGGAACUCUUCCUCACAAACGAAUAAUUUCCGCUCCAAUUCAGGAGGAAAUCACAGAAAUUCAAACUUCAACAACUCCAACCAAACCACAGAUACAAACUUCUCUAGCAACGGCAACAUGAGUCAGCAGAGACAAUUUAGUGGAUCAAAUACCUCUAGUGGGCACAGAAAAAGUUCUUCGCAGCUGCCCACACCUGGGAACAACAACAGAGGUCCCAAGAAAGGAGGCUCGAGUCCUUCCAUGAACAACUCCGGGUUUAAUCAACAGAAUAACAGGAACAACAAGAGGAGACUGUUCUAUGGAGGAAGCAACAAUUACAAUAUUGCGAAUAAUGAUCAGUCUCCGCACAGCCCUCUACAGAAGGCUGUUGUUGACGUUGAUAUUUAA